AACAGCAAACAGCAAACAGCAAACAGCAAACAGCAAACAGCGAACAGCGAACAGCGCAGCAGAGAACAGAAGAGAGAGAAAGCACUACCUGGUACUCCCAGAAACGCCGCGAUGAUCAGCUCCCAAUCCCUGGCCAGCUUCCUGCUUGUCGCAGCCGCCCUCUGCCGGGCUGACACCGGAUCCACCGUCCCCGAGCUCGGCGCCGAUUUCGGGAUCCGUCUGUUCCGGGAAGUGGCCGCGUCGGUCGGUGACCGAAACGUGGUGCUCUCGCCGUACGGAGCGACGGCCCUGAUGGGAAUGGCUCAACUGGGAGCGGCUGGGAACACCCUCGAGCAGCUGUGGAAUGCCAUGGGAUACCGGCUGAAAGACAAGGGUGUGCCACUCGCCCUGAAACAUCUCCAGAAAGACCUGACCGCCAAGAGCAACCGCGACAUUGUCUACUCGGCCAACAGUGUGUUCAUUCAGAGGAAUAUGCGGCUCCAGAAUGCCUACCUGAAAAGUUACCGCCGUGCUUUCAACGGGUGGCCCAAACAGAUCUACUUCCAGGAUGCCAACACGGCGACCUACCUCAUCAACAAAUGGGUGGAAGUACAAACCAGAGGCAUGAUCCCCAAGUUUCUCCGCCCGGGUAUGCUGGACCCGGUUCUGACCCGCAUGGUUCUGAUCAAUGCCGUCUACUUCAAGGGGCUCUGGAAGAUGCCAUUCCCCACUGAGGCCACCCACCAGCGAGUAUUCUACAAGGAGGAUGGCACCAAGAUCCUGGUGCCAAUGAUGUCGCAGAGCGCCAAGCUGAAUGCCAGUGAGUUUAUGACCCCCAGCGGCCUGGACUACGACGUGAUCGAGCUGCCCUACCAUGGCGAGACCCUCAGCAUGUACAUCGUGGCCCCGUUCCGCAAGGAGGUCCCGCUCUCUGCCCUCACGGACAUCAUCACCGUCUCGCUGGUCGAUGAGUGGACACGAAGCCUGGAGACCGUCAAGCGACAACUCGUCCUGCCAAAAUUUUCCCUGGAUAGUGAGGUGGAUCUGAGGAAGUCACUGACAGCGAUGGGAAUAACGGACAUCUUUAACGCUAGAAAGGCUGACUUCACCAAGAUUAACAAUCCUGAAACUGGGCCCACUGUUGAGAACACACAAGGCAUUGUGGGCGGCAAUGAUGCCUUGGCCUUUGGGAACAAAUUCUCUCCGCUAACCCUCCAAAAACAUGCACAGAUCUCAGGCAAGGCAGAGAGCGAUGCCUUUGAGUAUGCAAAGUGGGAAUUUGGGAGCCAGCAUUCUGGAUGCCAAUCGUCAUUGGGUGAUGGAUACCUCGAUGCCCUGCUCCAACCACAUGCCACCAUCUUGACAUCCUUUGGUACAGUAUUCAGAGCACCUCAGCGUGAUUCAGUGGCCGCUGAACCACACCCAAGUGAGAUUCAGUGCCAGGGGAAGAUAACCACACCAGCAAGGAUCAUUGCCAGGGGAGCCAUGACACAGAAAGUGGCAAUACCGAAUGAACGUUAUACCAGAGAAAGUAAAGACCGGGUGAACUGUACCCAGGAGAGAGUCAAUGCCAGGUUGACCGUGUUGGACGGAGCCCUCUUGACCGUGCUGGACUGA